AUGAACAGUUCGGAGACAAUAGCUGUGCAUCACAUCAUAUGGAUCAAAGCUGCAACUAUUUUCAGUUAUGGCAAUGAGCUUCCCCUAAAUGACACACAGCCAUAUCGAUUGACCGAGGUGCUGACUGGAUCUUUCCAUUUUGUGGAGAAGUGGGAGCUGCUUGCCGACGUGGAGUUCCAUGAGCAGUUCGAUUUCCCCAAUAACGCCCACGUCAAGACUGUUACGAUCACGAUGGAAGUCUUCUGCUCGGUAAAUCCACACAUUUCGAAAGCGAGCAAUAAUCUGUUUUUCUCAACCACAAAUGUAGUUCUAUAUGCCACCAGAAACCCAUGCAAACCGUACAACACAUUGAAAGGUCGAGGUGUACCGAUGCUCCCGAAUGACAUGGUUUUGUUCAAUCGGUCCUAUUUGUACGUGGACGACAAACUGAUUUUCGGCUAUUUGUGGGAGCCAUCACAUCAGUGGAGCAAAUAUGCUAUGAAGUGA